GGAGUUGAAAAAGUGUGAGAAAAGAAGGGGAGCGUUAGUUUCUUGCAAAAUUUGACUUUCUUGAUAAAAAGUGGUCUAAUCUUAACACUUUACAGAAGAAAGAAGAAAAUAUAUAAUCGUUCAGUCAUGGCUCUUGAAGCACAGGGCGUCCCUCAACUUGAACUGGAGGCUGUUAUUGGAUUCAACGGGCAUGUGUUUUCUGGCCUGAGAGUCCAUCCAGACAAAGAACACCUGGUCUAUCCUCUGGGUUGUGCAGUCAUUCUGAAGAGAAUAAAAGAUGGCAAGCAGGAGUUCCUGCAUGGACACACAAACAAUGUAUCCUGUAUCUCAGUGUCCAAAAGUGGAUCAUAUAUUGCCUCUGGACAGGUCAACUUCAUAGGCUUUCAGGCUAUGAUUAUCAUAUGGGACUAUGCACAGCGAACAAUCUAUGCCCAGCUUCUGCUCCACAAGGCAAAGGUAGAGGCACUGGCCUUCUCCCCCAACGAGAAGUACCUGGUGUCCCUUGGAGGACAGGAUGAUGGCAGUAUAGUGGUAUGGAAUAUUGAGACUAAGCAGGCCAUUUGUGGGAGCCCAGCUUCAGCAAACAGUGCCGGUCACUGCCUCACUGUGCAGUACUCGAACACAAGUGACAAUGUCUUUGUUUCUGCUGGGAGUGGGACAUUGCGAGUCUGGGAGCUGGACGUCACCAACAGGAAGAUCAGGCCCACAGAGUGUCAGACAAGCAAGCUGAAGAGGAUCGUGAAAUGUAUAGAGAUCUCAGAAGACGAUCAAUUCAUUUUCUGUGGCACAACCAGUGGAGACAUAAUGAAAAUCAACCUGAAGACUAAACUUAUGAGUGGCUGUGGUCCAGUAAAAGCGAAAUACAGCCUGGGUGUUAAUGUCCUAAGGAUUCUGAAGUCCGGGGACCUGCUUGUAGGCUCUGGAACUGGCGUCUUCACUCUGUGUUCCAGCACUAACUUCAAAACUCUUAAGAAAGUCCAGCUGGAAAAAGGGGUGACCUCCAUUGCUAUAAGAGGAGGGGGCCAACAGUUCUUUGUUGGGACUGAGGCUGCUCAGAUGUACCGCUUCAGUUAUGAGGACUUUAAACCUGAACUUAUUUCUACCAGCCACAACAGUGCCGUCAAGGAUGUAGCCAUAUGUUUUGGAACAUCUGAAUUAUUUGCAACCUGCUCUGAGGAGGACAUCAGGUUGUGGCACAUAGACAAACCCAAAGAGCUGCUGCGCAUCACUGUACCCAACAUGACCUGCAACUCCCUGGACUUCAUGACUGAUGGACAUAGCAUCAUCAGUGCAUGGAAUGAUGGUAAGAUCCGCGUGUUUGCACCGGAAACUGGCCGGCUCAUGCUCAUCAUUCACAAUGCACACAGAAUGGGUGUGACGGCCAUCGCUGGCACCAGGGACUGCAAGAGGAUUGUUAGUGGAGGUGGAGAGGGCCAGGUGCGUGUUUGGGAGCUGCAGCCGCAUGGCCACCGGCUGCUGGAGACCAUGAAAGAGCACAAAGCCACCGUCUCUUGUAUCAAAAUCAAGAGUGAUGACAAAGAGUGUGUCACUGCCAGCAAUGAUGGUGCCUGCAUUAUCUGGGACAUUGUGCGAUUUGCAAGUCUUCAAAUGGUGAUUGCCAACACGCUGUUCCGGACGGUGUGUUACCACCCGGAGGAAUACCAAAUUAUUACCAGUGGUACUGACAGAAAGGUUGCCUACUGGGACGUGUAUGACGGAUCUGCUAUCAGAGAACUGGAGGGCUCGCAGUCUGGGGCCAUCAACGGCAUGCACAUCACACAGGAUGGCAAACACUUUGUGACCGGUGGAGAUGACAAGCUGGUGAAAGUGUGGGACUACAUGGAAGGUGCAGUUACCCACAUAGGAAUAGCUCACGGAGGCAGUAUCACCAGCAUUAAGGUCUGCUCCAACAACCGCACCCUAGUCAGCACCAGCGUAGAUGGAGCCAUUCUCCGAUGGCGGUUCCCUCAUCCUCCUUCCUCUUAAUGUGACACGUGGAGACCUGGAUGCUACAUGUAGAAGCAACAGGAAGUUUUAAUCCAGUAACAACACACUCAAAUAUACUCAACAUUCUUCCUUAAUGUUUCCUUUUAGCCUAAAUGUCCCUAGAGGGUACUUACAUUAACAUUGCAGAAUUGUCUGACCAAAACACUCUGACCAAAGGAAAUAAAUGUAAUUUGAUUACCGCAUCAA